AUGUCAGCUCCAUCAAUCCUCCUCCGCAAUGCCACCAUCUUGGUGCCAGGCACAACAGAAAGCAAAGCUGUUGCAGCUCUUCGAAAUCACUCACUGCUCGUCGAAGGAAACAAGAUUGUUCGCAUUGAGACUCAUAUUGAUGCCCCGUCUGAUAAGACGCAAGUAAUCGACUGCACUGGCAAGAUCGUGUCUCCUGGAUUCAUUGAUACGCAUCACCAUGUGUGGCAGACGCAGCUCAAGGGGCGACAUGCGGACCAUACCUUGCUUGAGUACGUACCUACUGGCAAUAUGCAAUCAUCCAACUACACUCCUGAAGACAUCUUUUGGGGAGAGCUGGGAGGCUGUCUCGAAGCAUUGAACGCGGGUACGACCACAGUUGUGGAUCACGCACACAUGAACUACUCACCAGCUCACAACACAAAUGCCAUCGCCGCAGCUGCCUCCUCAGGAAUUCGCUCCACCUUCUGCUACGCACCCACCACAAGAGUAAAAGAAUGGGAGCCCGAAAUCACCGUGGACACGGAUUUUCUACCAAGCUGGGCGGUCGAACAGGUCGAGGAGCUCAUCAAGGCUGGCCCGUACGGCGAUGGGCGAGUUAGCGUUGGGCUGGCAUUUGACGCCUUGUUCCUCCCGAAGGAGACUGUCACGGAUCUGUAUCAGCGGUGUCGACAAGCCGGAGCCAAGGUCAUUACUUCUCACUACUGUCGCGGUGCAAUUUUCGGCCAACAUUCGAUUGUGGAUAUGCUCGAGGGUCAUGGAGUUCUUGGUCCAGACAUUCUUCUCUCUCAUGCAACCAACCUCACAGACGCUGACGCCAAGAAGCUUACUGAAGUCAAGGCCAGCAUCUCAUCAACGCCAGAUACUGAGAUCCAGAUGGGUCUAGGAUAUCCAGUCUGCUUCCGCGACGACACCAAGUCCAUCAGCUCCCUCGGCGUCGACUGCCACAGCAACAACGGAUCCAGUCUGAUUAACCAAAUGCGACUCGGUCUGCAAGCAGAGCGCGGACUCCGCAACUCCGCUCUCAUCGAGGCCGGAAAAGCCCCCAAACACCUCGCCUUGUCUGUCCAAGAAGUCUUCCGCCUGGGAACCAUCGGUGGCGCCAGAGCUAUCGGCAUGGAAGAUCAGCUCGGGUCCCUUGAACAAGGCAAGCUCGCCGACAUUGUCGUUUUCGACAGCCUCACUCCUGGGAUGAUUUGCGCUUCCGAGGAAGCUCCCGUGGCUGCAGUUGUGUUGCACUCUUCCAUUGCAGAUAUCGAGACGGUCAUUGUGAACGGAAGGAUUGUGAAGCAGCGUGGAAGCCUUGUCCCUGUUGAUCUUGAUCUUUCACUGUCAGAUUUGAAGCCUGCCAAGACGCGAUUGGAGUGGCCUGAUAUCGCGCAAGAGCUGCUGAAGAGUCGCCGGCGGGUGAUUGAGGCGGGCAAAAAGUCUUGGGGAGGCGAUAUGGAGAAGGCGUUGGAUGGAGUGACCAAGUCGUUUUACAUUGAUCCCAAUAACUUGGCCUGA